UUCAUAAGUUUAAAUAAUGAUCUAUAUCGAAUUUUAUACAUAGCGUUGUUAAAAACGAUAUGUCACAGCGUGCGCGUUUACAUUUUUAUGAAUUUAUGCGUCAGUAUGCGUUCCAAAAUACAUAAGCGUACACCUGUAUAGAAGAAUUUAAUUCAACGGACGGUUGUUGCCUAGUCAGUUUCUCUAUAGUCAAAGUUCUACGCCAACUUCAUAAUUUUCAUUUUUAUUGCUGCUAAAGAUAACGUUUUAUUUUAACACAAUUAUCAUUUAAUUGAAGACAAAAAAAUAUCAUUGAACACAUAAAGAAACACGAAUUUAAUUUAGUUAUUCAGUUAUUCCCGGGUUUUUUUCGGCUACACUAUAGUUAAUUGUUGUAUGCAUUAAAUAUUCGUUAAUAUGUUUAAAAUAAAUGUCAAAGAGGGAUUUCUUGAGGGGGAAUUUACAGAAAGUGAAUUAGGGGGAAAGUACUACUCGUUCAAAGGGAUUCCUUACGCUGAACCACCUAUUGGAGAUCUGCGUUUCAAGGCGCCUGUACCGAAGAAACCAUGGGAUGGAAUUCGAAAUGCAAAAGAGUUUGGAUCUAUUUGUUAUCAGUUUGAAAUAAAGAAUGAAGGAGGCUUAAUACGUAUCGGUUCCGAAGAUUGCUUGUAUUUAAACGUCUAUACUCCUGAGAUUAAACCGAAACAUCCCUUACCAGUCAUGUUUUACAUACAUGGUGGGGGCCUAACAAUCGGGAGUGGCAAUGAUUCUAUGUACGGUCCUGAAUUCUUAGUAAGACAUGGCGUAGUACUAGUGACAAUUAAUUACAGACUAGAAGUUCUAGGCUUUCUAUGUUUAGACACUGAAGAGGUUCCAGGUAACGCUGGUAUGAAGGACCAAGUGAUGGCACUUAAAUGGGUCAAUGACAAUAUUGCCAACUUCGGUGGUGAUCCGAAAAAUAUCACAAUUUUUGGUAAUAGCUACGGUGCUAUUAGUGUAAAUUUUCAUUUAAUAUCACCUAUGUCAAAAGGUUUAUUCCAGCGUGCUAUAAUACAAAGUGGCUCAUUGACUUGUCCGUUUGUUAGAAUAAUUCAACCACGGGAAAGAGCAAUUGCACUAGCUAGAAGAUUAGGAUUUCGUUCUGAAGGUGACAAAGAACUUUAUGAAUUUUUUAAACGGCAACCAAAGGAAUCAUUAAUUAAAAUAACAUUUCCUAUCACUUAUUAUGAACAGGGAAAGGAACAGUAUGAUACACUAUUUGGAAUCGUAGAAGAAAAGGAAUUCGCUAAUAACGAAAGUUUCAUCUCUGGAGAUUAUGUCGAAAAACUCCGUAACGGAAUACACGAGGGUAUCGAGAUUAUUAUGGGAUAUACUGAUGACGAAGGUCUUAUAUGUUUAAGAUCUAGAAAAAUAGAGAAGACUUUUGACUAUGCAAACGAAUUUCUUCAAUUUUACGUUCCAAAUGCAAUAGCACACAAUUGCACUUUAGAUAAACAAUUCGAAGUGGGACGACGAGUGAAAGAUUACUAUUUUGGAAAUGAAACCAUUACAACGAAGAAUUUAAAGAAACUGAUGACAUUUUUCUCUUUGAACUACUUCACGUAUCCUAUGUUCCAAUUAGUAAAAAGUUGUUCAAGAAAAAACAAAGUUUAUUUCUACAAAUUCACAGGUAAAACAGAAAGAAAUAUUAUGUCUCGCAUUUUAAAAUUAGAAUAUCUUAUCGAUAAUGAAAUAUUGACUUGUCAUUGCGAUGAAUUGACUUACAUUUUUCCAAUGAAGAAAGAAAAUUUGAAAAUUGAAAAAGAAUCGAAAAGCUAUAAAAUAAUUGAGAAUAUAACAAAACUUUGGACUGAUUUUGCUAAACAUGGAAACCCGACAUCAAGUUUUGGCUUUGAAUGGACACCGUAUAACUCAGAUGAACAAGCAUACCUCGAAAUCAAUGAACAGUUAACGAUGGGAAUUGAACCUGACAAAACGGAGGUGGAUUUCUGGGAAAACAUCUACAGAGAAUAUUUACCAUCAUCUAUACCAUACUAAAAUUAUUUAAGUAAUCAUUUAAAUCUAGUUUUUUGUUUCCUUUUUUUGUAUUUUAAAAUUAAUGGAUUACGUUUAAAAUGGCUGUACAAAGCAAUUUGCCAUUUUCAACGUUUUUAACAAAAAAAGAGUUAUAUGACUUCAAAGUGUUACGGUACGCUAAAUAACAUUUAAUUUGGUCAUUUACUU